AUGAAGUCUGAUUUCAAGUUUUCAAACUUGUUGGGUACGGUUUACCGUCAAGGAAAUGUAAUUUUCUCCCAAGAUGGUACCCAACUACUUUCGCCCGUUGGCAACAGAGUUUCGGUAUUCGAUUUGGUUAACAGCCGUUCAUUCACCUUUGAAUAUGAACACCGCAAGAAUAUCAGUUGCAUAGCACUUAAUCCCCAGGGAACGCUGUUACUCUCCGUGGAUGAAGAUGGAAGAGCCAUCCUUGUCAAUUUUCGAGCCAAAACAGUGCUACACCAUUUCAAUUUUAAAGAGCCCGUAACUGAUCUUAAGUUCUCGCCCAACGGCUUAUACUUUGCCUUGGCAUGCGGGAGGUUCAUUCAGAUCUGGCGGACACCCGACGUAAUGGAAGACCGGCAAUUUGCGCCUUUCGUGCGUCAUAGAGUCCACGCUGGACAUUUUGCAUCAAUCCUAUCAUUGAGCUGGUCAGGAGAUUCCCGAUUUUUAAUCUCAACAUCUAAAGAUCUCACUGCACGUAUCUGGUCUCUUGAAUCUGAGGAAAAGAACCUGGCCGCGACUGCUUUUGCUGGUCACCGUGAUUACGUCGUAGCGUCCUUCUUUUCCGCAGACCAGGAACGCAUAUAUACUGUCAGCAAAGAUGGUGCUCUUUUUCAAUGGGAGUAUACUUCGAAAGAAGAAACCGAAGAAAACCAAGAACCCGACUUGUCAACCUACAGUUGGCGUAUAACUAAGAAAAACUACUUUUAUGCAUCUCAAGCCAAAGUGAAGUGCGCCACGUUUCAUGCGAAUUCCAAAAUUUUAGUGGUUGGUUUUAACAAUGGAGAAUUCAGACUAUAUGAAUUGCCGGACUUCACAAUGAUACAGCAGUUGUCUAUGGGUCAAAAUGCUGUUAAUGCCGUGUCCAUCAAUCAGACCGGUGAAUGGCUAGCUUUUGGUUCAGCCAAGCUGGGUCAACUUUUGGUCUACGAGUGGCAAUCGGAGUCUUAUAUACUGAAGCAGCAAGGACAUUUUGAUGCUACAAAUGCAAUCGCGUACUCUCCAGAUGGAUCUCGUGUUGUCACAGCUUCUGACGACGGAAAAAUCAAAAUAUGGGACAUCGUCUCGGGAUUUUGUCUUGUGACGUUUCAAGAGCAUACAUCUACCGUUACAGCUCUCUCGUUUGCCAAAAAAGGCCAGGUUCUGUUUUCGGCGUCAUUGGAUGGUACAGUGAGAGCUUGGGACCUCGUUAGGUACCGUAACUUCCGAACUUUCACAGCUGCUGAAAGAAUUCAAUUUAAUUGCCUAGCGGCAGAUCCAUCCGGUGAGGUUGUCUGUGCCGGCUCUCUCGAUGGCUUUGCAAUCCACGUCUGGUCCGUUCAAACCGGUCAGUUACUCGAAACCCUCGAUGGGCAUGAGGGCCCCGUGUCAUGUCUCUCAUUCAGCAAAGAGACUGGAGUUUUAGCUUCAGCUUCCUGGGACAAAACAAUCAGAGUAUGGUCUCUUUUUGGUAGAUCCCAACAAGUCGAGCCUUUCGAGGUAUAUGCCGACGUACUAUCGAUCUCCAUGAGACCAGACGGUGUUGAAGUCGCUGCUUCGACUCUUGAUGGUACCAUCCUGUUUUUUGACGUUCAAGAGGGCAAACAGACCAAUGCGAUUGACGGCAAAAAAGAUAUCAUUUCAGGAAGGCAUUUAGAGGAUAGAUUUACUUCUAAGAACUCAGCUAGGUCAAAGUAUUUCACAAGCAUUGACUACAGCUUUGAUGGGCUCUCCUUGGUAGCGGGGGGUAACAAUAAUUCCAUCUGCUUGUACGACAUUCCUAACAGUGUUCUCUUGAGAAGGUUUACAGUAUCCAAAAACAUGUCUCUCAACGGUACUCAAGAGUUCUUGAAUAGUAAAAAAAUGACGGAAGCCGGUUCUUUGGACUUGAUCGAUCGGGAUGGUGAAAACUCAGAUUUGGAGGAUCGCAUUGACAACAGUCUCCCGGGUUCUAACAGAGGAGGUGAUUUAUCUACUAGAAGAGUACGGCCAGAAGUGAGGGUUACUGGUCUUAAGUUCUCUCCAACGUCAAAUGCGUUUGCGGCAGCUUCCACGGAGGGUAUUCUCGUUUACUCGGUAGACGACAGUCUUCUGUUUGAUCCAUUCGAUUUGGACGUGGAUAUCACCCCACAAGCUGUCAGUGAAGCUCUCAAGGAGAAGGAGUUUUUGCAUGCUCUCGUCAUGGCAUUCAGAUUAAACGAGGAGUAUCUCAUCAAACGUGUCUACGAAUCGAUACCGCUCAAAGAUCUGAAUCUAGUAAGCAGUGGUCUACCUGUUAUUUAUGUGGCUCGCUUCCUCAAAUUCAUUGGGGAUUUUGCUACAGAGUCCCAGCAUCUCGAAUUCAACUUACUUUGGGUGAAAGCGCUUUUAUCUGCUCAUGGCCGCUACAUAUCCUCGCAUAAAUCAGAGUUCGGAUCAGCUUUGCGCACUGUGCAGCGUUUUAUCGGCCGAAUUGCCAAAGAGGUUGUUAAUGCUUCCAAGGACAAUAGAUAUGCGUUUUUAUUCCUCACUUCCACGGACGGUUCUGCUGGAAAUGAUGCUUCAGACGAGGACGCCAGUGCAACCGGAUCAGAUGUCAUUACCAAUGAAUCGGACAGCGAGGAUGAGAUAAUGGAAGACGCUUCAGACGAUGAAGAAGGGUGGGUCGGCUUUAGUGACGCAAAAAGUAACAAUUUACACUUUGAGCAAACACCGUCUUCUGACGAAGAGCUGAUAUAA